AAUAAUAAGCCAAUAAGGCAAGAGUUCAUUGCCAAAGUGCGUUAUAUGAAUAACUUACCACCACCACCUUUGAAUCCCACUUUUUUACAAUAUAAUUUAACUGAAAGAAAAUCGAUAAAUCAAGAAAAUGAUGAAUUAAUGACUUCAUUAUUUAGAAAAGAAAAUUUCAAAUCAUAUAUUCAACAAAUUGAUGAAGAAUAUGGACUUAAUAUGAACUUGGUCAAUAAUACUGGUUAUUUGGAUAAUGAUGACGAUUCGGUAAUAUAUAAUUUUAAGAAUUCCAAUGGAGAUGAAAAUAUACAAUUACAUCCCAAAGAUCGAGCCUUAUUAAGAGAUGCAGGUAUUGGUAAUGUAUCAAAGUCAGAACCAGGAGUAUCAUUUUUAAGAAGAACUGAAUACAUUUCAGAGCGUCAAUUACCAAAGAUUGAAAAUGAAAUAAAAGAUACCAAAGAAUAUGAAAUUGAAAGUAAAAAACAAGAUAAUCAUGAUCCAGACUCUCAAUUAGCAGCUGUCGAACAAACUUUUGAUCAGGCUCAAGAAACUUUGAAUGAUUUAAGUAAAUUAAAACAUCCGAAAAAGAAGAAUUUAAAAGCAGUUUCAACUUGGUCUCUUCUACCAGAUACUUCAAUGAUGGAUUCAAAAUUUUUAUCGGUAAAAUUUGCCGGUUCUGCUUCAAUUCAACGUGAGUUACAAGCCAUUAAAAGACAGGAAAAGGAUAAUUAUGAUGAAGAUUUCCAUAAAAAUUCAUUAUUAUCAACCAUUUAUAGACCAAUUACCUCUGAAGAUGGUGAGUGGAUAUCAUUAUAUCAAUUAGAAGAUUCUAAAAAAGCAUUAGAAUUAAAAGAAAAACUCAAUUCAACCGAACGUGAACGCCCAGUCAAUUUAUUGGAUGAAGAAGAUAAAGAUUUGGAAGAAUUCAAAUUCAAACAUUUUAAAAAUUAUGAUAUGCAUUAUAGUAAAUAUGCAAAACCAUAUGAGGAAUUGGCAAUCAAAUUCAUACCAAAUGGUGGAGAUAACUCCAAAAAAAGAAAAGCUGCAUUAUUUUAUCCAGUAUCUGGACGUAUUAACUUGAAAAAACACAGAGCUUCUACCAAUACUGAAAUCAAUAGAUUUUUAAGAGAUAGUACUGUUGACGCAAUUAACUUCAAAUUAAGAGAACCAAAUACUAAUGAAUUAAGACAAAUGGAUAAUAUGAGAUCAGAAUUUGAUCCUAUGGAAUACGAAGGUGAAGAAGAAGAAGAACAAGAGGAACAAGAAGAAGAACAAGAUGAUAUCGCUCAAGAA